AAGAAAAGAAAUUUAUACUGAUCCCUCGUCGACAAAUAUGGCAAGAGAAUAGUGGUUAGUCCAUUUCCUAAACGCCUUUACUUUUUCUGUGUCAUUAGCAUCAUCAUCUAAACCCCCACACAUUCUACUGACAAAAAUUUACACCUCUCCUAAGGUAAAUUUAUGGGGGAGGUGUGAAAUUUUUUUAGCGGUGAGAAGUUGGUAAAAUUGUCAAAUUGAAUGAAUGGAAGAGGGAAAUUAGUAGUUUUUCUUCAGGGUUUUGGUGGGUUGCAUCCAGAUUCGCAACAACAGCAUUUUUUUCCCUGAAUGUUGAUAAUCAAUUAUUGAUCUUUACACAGUUAAUUAUCAGCCCACAAAUUCUUUCUUUAUUGGAUACCAAUAUUGACUUUAAUCAUCCCAGAAAAAGAAAAAAAUUAGAAAGGAAACAGAGAUGGUUGAUCAGCACUCGGAGUCUUCUCCUUUGAUCGUUGCUCCGGUGCCCAUCAAGGAGCCAUCGGAAAUCGACCUCGAAGCUGGCCCAGGUGAUCAGAUUCAAUGCAGAAUUUGCCUCGAGACUGAUGGUAGGGAUUUCAUUGCACCUUGCAAGUGUAAAGGUACAUCAAAGUACGUUCACCGUGAAUGCCUUGAUCACUGGCGGGCUGUGAAGGAAGGUUUUGCAUUUGCCCAUUGCACAACUUGCAAGGCUCAGUACCAUUUGAGAGUUCAUGGUGUUGCUGAUAGAAGAUGGCGGACGUUGAAGUUUCGCUUUUUUGUCACUAGAGACAUUUUGUUCAUCUUCCUAGCUGUGCAGCUGGUAAUUUCUUCAUUGGCAUACUUGGUGUAUUUGGUUGAUCGCUACCAGCAGUUCUGGCUACGUCUAUCCUGGGGAUUCGAUAGUGAACUUAGUUUCUAUUAUAUAUGUGGGGCACUUUUUUUCUUUGCAUUACUUGGACUAUCUGGAUGCUUUAUAACAUGUUAUGAUCGAAGAGUACGCAAUGACCUUGCCCAGCCAUGCCGAGAAUUAUGUAUCUGUUGCUGUCAUCCUGGAGUAUGUGCUGACUGUCACUUACCCGGCACACUUUGUAUGUGGACUGAUUGUACUACAUGCUUUGAAAGUGGUGCUAGUGCAUGCACUGAAUGUGGCUGCUUGGGAGGUGCUGGUGAAGCUGGGCUUCCGUUGUUGUUGAUAAUGGCUUUAGUUGUACUGGGGCUUUUCACUGUAAUAGGCAUAUUCUACAGUGUAUUGGUUGCAACAAUGGUUGGACAAAGAAUUUGGCAGCGGCAUUACCACAUACUCGCAAAAAGAAUGUUGACAAAAGAAUAUGUCGUCGAAGAUGUUGAUGGUGAGAUGACAGGAUCUGAUUGGUCACCCCCACCAAUCCCACCUGAGCAUGUUCAGCAGCUGAAAACUCUUGGACUUCUAUAGAUUCAAGACUUUGAAAGCAAAAACAACCCAUUAACUAAAGUGUCAUUGAUCUUCUUCGUUGGUGUAUUAUAAAUGUAGCUUGGUGUUAUUCUUCACAUGGUAGAAUAAAAUUUGUUGAUGAUGAUCUUAAUGGAGAAACAAGAACCCUAAUAUUACUCAUUCCUAAAUGUAUAUCUUUAGCAAAUUUUACUAGAAUGUUCAUUCAUCUAGAAUUCUUAUUUCCAGAGGCUAAAAGUACAAAAAAAGAUAAUCGUAAUUAUUGACAUUGCAAUACUAUUUAUUACCCAAAGGUAAUCGUAAUUUGACAUAUUCCUUUAGAACUCUUUUCUACGCCUCACCUGUAGACAAUAGGUCACGGGUUUAAGUUACCUCCGAAUAAGUAGAGAAUCAUUAUUGAUUUCUUAAAAAAAAAGUUU